AUGAUAUCUCAUCUCUGUGGGGGCUGCUGGUUCCCAUUCUACACCUACUUAUUGACGCUUCUUCAUCUGAACUGCUUCUUGAAAACAUUCCUUUGUGGGCAUCUCUUCUGAUUCAAUAAUUCUCACUCUUCUGGAGUGCAAAGCAAACAUCAGCUUCCCCUACCGGCACCACCAACCUCCUCCUCUCUCUCUGUGUGUGCUUAAGCCGCCUUUUUUAUUCAAGCAUGGCUACCACUGAUCCACUGACAUGAUAGAUUGCAUCUGAUCAUGGCUCUAUCAAGGCCUGCGUUUAGUUUCUUCCGCUGCCUGGUUCUCCUUUUCCUCCAAUUUGGUCUCUGCUGCACCACAAGCAAAGCUUCAUGUUUUCCGCAGCAGAAAGCAGAGACAAAGCUUACGAGGAGAAGGAGAGGUGUGUUGAAGCAGGCUGUCUUCAUCAGUCCAUGGCCAUAUCUCAAGAGGCUGUGGCUCUCCUACAGGACGCGGAAAGAGGCACCUGUGAAAAGAAAGGAUGGCGAUAAACUCCGUUCUCCAGAACACGAAGCCAAGAGCAGAACUACCAACGUGCCCCAAAAGAGAAAAAGCUCUGUUUCUCUGCAGGACUUCCAUGGCUCACCAGUUUCUCAGAAAACAGAAGCUUCUUCACUCAGAACGAAUGCCCAUCCAUGCACAAUGUGUGGUGAGGUUUUCCCCAAGACCCAUCUCCUAGAUCACCACCAAGCAAUCAAACACGCGGUUUCAGAGCUUAAUGAGGGAGAUUCAGGAAGAAACGUCGUUCAGAUCAUCUUUGAGACAAAUUGGAUGAAGAGGGAGAGACGUCCACAAAUUGUGAGGAUACUCAAGAUACACAACAGUCCUAAAAUUCUCCGCAGGUUUGAGGAGUACAGGGAGUUGGUGAAAGCGAGAGCAUCGAGAGCAGGGAGCAGGAGGCAGCAGAGGUGCUUGGUCGAUGGCAAUGAACUGCUGAGGUUUCACUGCUCAACGUUCAGUUGUCCUCUUGGUUACAGAGGAGGCACCAGCCUCUGCAACAGGCAGUUUUGCAGUGUCUGUGGGAUCAUAAGAUCGGGGUUCUCUUCAAAACUGGAUGGGAUCUGCACGUAUUCAAGCAGUGAUAAGGCGCACGAAUCCAUUAGCGAAGAUCUGGAGGAGGAGUUCUCGUUCAUGGAGGUUAGGAGGGCGAUCCUCGUCUGCAGGGUGAUUGCUGGUCGAGUUGCAGGGGCCCAAGAGCUUGAAUUGAAGAACAGCUAUGACUCUGUGACUGGGAAUGCAGGGGAUUUCUCAGGUUUGGAAGAGUUGUAUGUGUUCAGUCCCAGAGCCAUUCUUCCCUGCUUUGUGAUCAUCUAUAAUAUGUGAGCAACUCCUUCGAUUGUCUCUCUUUUGUUGUUUGGUCAUUUCGUUGGAUAUGGUUUAACAGUUUCUUUAGCUUGUAUACCACCUUGCCAUCCAUGGUGGAUCUCCUUAGCAGACUAAGGGCACUUGUAAAUUCUCCAUGAGAAAUGUUUUUGCACGUGUGUGUGUGUGUGUGUUUGCUUA